AUGGGGUGGGAUAUAGCUGGAUGGGUUGGUUGGUGGUCGGCGAUUGGUUUUGGAAUGAAGCAUAAUUCACAUGAUAUUGAAGAGCUACCGGAAGUUUUGGCGGAUAAAGUGAUUCUUAUUCCUGAGUUAUUGAAAUCAUCUAGAGCUAUGAAUACUUUUAAAUCUUAUUCUUUGGGUUUCCAACGUUGGAAAUGUUGGGCUGUAGCUAACAAUUUGAGAGUAGAGGACACUUUUCCCGCUAAAGCUUUCCAUUUUGCUUUAUAUUUAGUGUCUCUUAUACAAACAGCUAAUUCGCCCAGUCCUGUGUCUAACGCCUUUUAUAGCGUGAAAUGGAUUCAUGAUUUGUUCAAUUUAAAUUCUCCUACUGAUUUUUUGUUAGUUAAAAAUAUUUCAGAAUCUGCAAAAAGACGUUUAUCUAGACCUAUUGUUAAGAAAAGGCCAGUAACUGUUCAAAUGUUGACAGACAUGUAUAAGAGAUUGUUUUCCUUUAAUAAUUUGAAAAAUCAACGUAUCAUUGCUUUAUGUUUAUUAUCAUAUGCAGGAUUUUUACGCAGUGUUGAGCUUUUGAAUAUUAAGCGUUCUGAUAUUGUAAUUAAUGAUACUUAUUUAGCUAUUUUUCUGGAAACCAGCAAAACUGAUAAAUAUAGCGAUGGUUCUUGGAUAUUGAUAUCUAAAACCGGUACAAUGUUAUGUCCGCCGCAUGUUGAAGAUAUUAGUCAAUAUUGUUUACACUCCUUGAGAUCUGGUGGUGCUACAGCCGAAGCAAAUAAAGGGUUAGCGGAUCGAUUAUUCAAACGGCAUGGUAGAUGGGUUAGUGAAUGUGCCAAAGAUGGUUAUAUGAAAGAUGCAUUAAGUGAAAUGCUUUCUGUUUCUUUAAAUUUAGGUUUAUAA